CGCAGAUUGAGUGCGUGGGGAUGAAUGCUGAGAUAGAACCUCAUAUUUUAAAAAUGUUCGAGAUUAAGAAGAGGAUAGGGAAAGGAGCUUAUGGAAUAGUUUGGAAAGCAUUGAAUAAAAAAACAAAAGAAAUUAUUGCAUUGAAAAAAAUCUUCGAUGCAUUUCGUAAUCAAACUGAUGCACAGAGAACAUUUAGAGAGAUUGCAUUUCUUCAAAAUUUUGGUAAUCAUCCAAAUAUUGUACGGUUAUAUAAUGUAAUACGGGCAAGUAGUGAUAAAGAUAUCUACUUAGUAUUUGAAUUUAUGGAAACAGAUUUGCAUAAUGUAAUUAAAAAGGGCAAUAUAUUAAAUGAUGUGCAUAAACAAUAUAUCAUGUAUCAAUUAUUGAAAGCAACAGCUUAUUUACAUUCAGGUGAAGUAAUACAUCGAGACCAAAAGCCAUCAAAUGUUUUAUUGGAUUCUGAUUGUUCAGUAAAAUUAUGUGAUUUUGGUUUAGCACGUUCAUUAAAAGGUCGUAAUAUGAAAUAUGAAUAUAAUAAUGCAACACGUUGGUAUCGUGCACCAGAAAUUUUAUUAGCAUGUCAUGAUUAUACAAAAGGUGUUGAUAUAUGGAGUUUAGGUUGUAUAUUAGGUGAAAUGUUAAUUGGUACACCAUUAUUUCCUGGUACAUCAACAUUAGAUCAAAUAGAACGUAUUAUGGCUGGAUUACCUAAACCUAGUCCAGAAGAUCUAGCCAGUGUAAAAAGUCCAUACAGUUCAUCGAUUUUACAAAAAGCACAUAUCAGAAAUCGCCGUUCAUUAGAUCAAUUAUUAAUAAAUGUUGAUAAGACAGCAACUGAUCUUUUGUACAAAAUGUUACAUUUCAAUCCACAUAAACGUAUCACAGCAUUGGAAGCUUUAAAACAUCCAUAUGUUCGCAGAUUUUACUCCCCAAAUGAAAUAAUGAUCAUGAAUCAUCAUGUCACUCCACCGUUAGAUGACAAUAUUCAGUUAACUGUUUCUGAAUAUCGUGAUCGUUUAUAUCAAAUGAUCAGUUCUAAGAAAACUAACACAACAACAACAAUCAUGGUUCAGAAUGGUAUUAACAAAACGGAUUCUACCGAAAGGAAAACUAUCAUCACUGGAAUUCCCCAACCUAUUCCUUACUCAACAUAUUCACAUAAUAAAAAGCAAUCUACUACUAAUCAUCAUCCAUCUUCAACUCAUCAAACAACAAUAAUUAAGAGACAAGAUCUUCAGCAUCAUCAUCAACAUCAGGAGCAACAGCAGCAACAAUCGAAUCAAAAGAACACCCCUCAGGGUCAUUGCGACGAUAACAGCAACAACAACAUCAAGUCUAAUAAAAAAAAUCAUGUAGUAUGCGUACAAGUGAAUCUAUUACAUAAAGAGCCACACAAUCAUUCAAUCAAUGAUCAUCAUGAUAAAGUCACAAUUUUAACACCAAAAUUAACAUCAAUGUCACUAGCUAAUGGCAUUAAUAAUAAUACGAAUUGUAAUAUGACCGGGUUCAAUAAUACUGCUAAUCAAUUACACGAUAGUCAUCAGAUUAAUGGUAAUACUAAUGAUUAUGAUUAUAAUGACAACGUGAAUGAUGAUAAUUAUGAUGUAUUUCAUCGAUCAGCAUCAUUAUCACUACCAUCGACUAUAACGUCUUCGACGGGUGCAACCAUAACAGCACAAGCUAAAACAGUUCAAUCAAAACAACAUUAUCAAAUACGAUCAAUAUCUCAAAAUUCUAAGGCUAAUUCAAACUUAUCAACUGUUCAUUAUAGUCCAGUGAUUCGUUCAAAUUCAGUGAAUAAAAUGACAAUGAAUGAUUAUCAACCAUCGAAAAGAUAUUUAACCAUCACUCCAUUAUGUUAUCCAAAUCAAUUGAUAUCCAAAUCAGAUAUUAUUAAAUCAACUACAAUAACAAAUCAACAAUCAUAUAGUCGAUUAAAUCAAUAUAAUAAUAACAACAAUAGUAAUCGUAGUGGUAGUAGUCAUAGUAACCAUUAUAAACAAAAACAUUCAAAUCGUUCCAGUUUAAAUUCCAGUUCAAAUUCACGAAUGAAAACAUCAAAUUAUUAUUAUUAUUUUACUGCUAAUGGAACAAAUCAAUAUUCAUUAUUACCUAAUUAUAGUAAUUCAUUUGAAAAUGUUAUGGUAAAUUCACAAAGAAUUGUUGAUUUGAAUUACUCACAACUACAUGAAAAUCGUCAUAUAUCAUCUCAACCAGAAAAUUUACCCAUAGAUCAUGAGUAUGAUUAUCUUCAAGGAACAAAUUACAGAUAUGAAAAUUGUAAGAAUAAUUCUAAUAAUUCUAGCGAUUGUUUCUUAUACAAUGAAAAACAUUGUUCAACAUCAAAUAUUCAAGAAAAUUUAUCAAAUCGUAGAACUGAAAUUAACAUGCAUAAAACUAUUCCAAAUGAAUAUAAGAAUGAAAUUUUAAAAGUUUCAUCAUCUAUUACUGAAUUACCACCAAAUGUUGUACAGUCAACAAAUAAUAUCUCUAAUACUAUUAAAGAAACUAUAAUUGGACCUAUUUCACAUAAAUCAGUCAAUGAAAUAACACGUAAUCACAAUCAUAAUAGUCAUAGAAAUAAUAAAGAAAUCAUAAUCAAUUAUACAAAUUCAAUAAAACAAUCUAUUGAUGAAACUUCUUUAACAAAUCAAUAUUUUCCUAAUCUUCAACAAAAGAGAAGAAAUAAUAAUAAUCAAUCAUCCUCUUUAAUGAAUAUUAAUCAAAAAUUAAAAAUUAUUCAAGGUUCAACCGAUAUUCAAAAUUCAAUGUUUCAAUCAAAAAUAUCUACAUCAUUAAAUAAUCUUAAAGCUAAAUUUCAUAACCAUCAAUCACAGCAACAACAACGACCACCACCACCACCACAACAACAACAACAACCACAACAACAACAACACAAUUAUCGAAAACGUUCAUCAGAUUAUAAUAGAUCUAAGUAUAAUUGUAUUAAUCAAUCAGUUAAUCCAUUAAAUAAUGUUUAUCAUUAUCAAAAGACAACAAAAGAUGAAAAUGAUUUAGAUAUAGUUACAACUAGUCAAUUACUUCAAACAACAACAACAACAACAACCAUAGCAACAACAACACCACCACCACCACCAUCAAAACCAAUUAUAUUAGAUUCAUUAAAAAUAACAAAUUUUUUUAAUCAAUAUCAAAAUACUCAUUUAUUAAAACCAAAUUCAUUAAUAAAACAAUCAAUGAAAAAUGUAAAAUUAUAA